CUCAAACAAACUCAGUGCAUUACAACCAUGAGCGAGAAUCAAGGUAGCAAUGUGAAGGAACCUGGGUCAGGACCCGGACCUGGCCGUAGAAAAACUGUAAGAAAGGGAAUGUUUGUGAAAGAUCUGAAGCCUAUGAUAUAUGGAGCUGGAGAUGUCCCACAGCCUGCUUCGGAUACUGUCGCGUUAAUGGACGACUUGAUUAUUGAUUACAUUACUGAAAUGUGCCUGAAGGCAGCCAAAGUAGCGGAACCGCGAGGAAAAGUCAAGGUCGAUGAUGUCAAAUUUAUCCUACGAAAGGAUCCAAAGAAGAUGGCUCGUGUUGAAGAACUCAUAUAUAUGGACGACCACAUUCGAAAGGCAAAGCAAAUUGUGGACAUGAACGAAGUGGAACCCACCCCGGAAAAGCUCAAUCCAUAAACUGGUUACAGUAUUACAUCGUGUAUAUAUCUCUCGCUUCAAGCCAUACAAA